GGAUCAAUUAGUGGCUCCCUUCGACCACCUAUCUCAUAACAGCUCAGUAUUUGUUUCAUCGAUCUCCAUUACCUCUUUUCUGGAUCCGAACACUUUUCCCAUUGUGUUGUGUAAGAAAUGAAUAGAAGAGACGAGAGCAAUUCUCUUCCGCCUUCUAAGAGAAUGCACGUGGAUCUUACUCACGAACCAUCUUCUGAAACUAUGGUUGAUGAUUCUGAGUAUUCUUACAGUGAUAAUAACCCUUCUGAAGAUCCUUUGAUUCCUACGAAUGAUAUUCAUGUAGUUGACAACAGGUCUUAUUGUAUAAGACCUGCACGUAUCCUAAUUUCUGUUGAAGAAUUUGUAAAUUGUAAAUACAUAUCAGAGAUGCUGCAGUCCCUUUGCAAGCAAGUUGGACUCCUGGUUUCCUUUGAUGUAUACUCAAACGAAUUUACGCUCAUUGAUUUCCUAAAUGCAAACAAGUACGACCUCGUGUUCAUCCACCAAACCCUCAUCUACGGCAAGCAUGGUGACCACCUCAUUCUAAAUCUUCGCUGUCUUUUAUCCUUUACUCCUGUCAUCAUUGUCGGACUCAGCAGCAACUACGCCUCCCUAAUGUCGCUCUGCGACUUCACCGCGUUUCUCCGCGUUCCCUUCACCGACGCCGAUCUCCUCCACUACAUUCUCAAAUACGUUUUCGAGGUCUACGAGGCCAAAGUCUUCCAGACCGACCUCCAGAAAAUCCCAAAAAAGCGCAGGCUUCGCUUCGACGGUUUCUCUCACCGCGGUUUUUUUUGA